AUGAGCGUAUCACAUACUAUACUUCUCUUGUACUCAGUGAAAGUGUUGCUGUUUUGUGCAGUACUGGGCUUCCUAACUGUGCAUUGCUUUAGUGGUGAAAGGGAACCUCUUCUUCGGCUAAAUGGAGUUAACAUGAGCCUAGCCAAAAGCAGAUGGGCCCGAUCAGUAAGCAACCCUCCGCAGCCGAUUGAUUGUGUGCUUUCCAGCUGGUCACCAUGGAGCACCUGUGACCCCUGUCAAAAGAAAAGAUACAGAUUUGCCAAGGUGGAACAGCCUUCUCAGUUCAGUGGAGACCCAUGUGACUAUUCUGACAAAGAAACAGAAGAUUGUGUUACAAACAGUCCUUGCAGAAAUAAAGUUAGAUGUGAAGGCUUUGUAUGUACGAUUACAGGAAGAUGCAUUACACGGAGGUUGCUUUGCAAUGGAGAUGAUGACUGUGGGGAUCAGUCAGAUGAAAAAAACUGUAAAAAGGUGUAUAGAAAAUGCAACCAGAAGAUGGAGCAAUACUGGGGAAUAGAGAAUCUGGCAAGAGGGUUAAAUAUCCUCACAAACAAUCUGGAAGGUUUGGUUCUUGAUCACAGGUACUAUGCUGGGGGAUGUACUCCACAUUAUAUUAUGGAUACCAGGUUUAGAAAACCGUACAAUGUAGAAAGCUACUCCCCAGAGACCAAAGGCAAAUAUGAAUUUACAUUGACUGAAUACGAAUCUUAUUCAAGUUUUGAAGAAAAUAUCCUUAGGGCAAGAGCUUCGCAGACUAGCUUUGGCUUUGGAAUAAAGAUCUCAGGAGUGUUUGAACUUGGUUACAGUUAUAGUGACAACAGGUUCAAGAAGUUCAUUCAAAGGAUGAAAAAAUUUUCUGCAACUUCCAGCAAAUUUAUUCAUGCCCGUUCUGAGCUGGAUGUUGCCCGUUAUAAACUGAAGCCUCGAACUCUGAUGCUGCAUUAUGAGUUCCUGCAGAGACUCCAUCAGCUGCCUUUAGAGUACAACUAUGGUGAAUACAGAGAACUCUACAGAGAUUAUGGGACGCAUUACAUCACUGAAGCUACUCUUGGCGGCAUCUACGAAUACACGUUAGUUGUGAACAGUGAAGAACUGCAAAAGGCAGGUUACUCUUUAAGUGACAUCCAGGCCUGUGCACAGCAUGGCUUUAACGUUGGUGCAAAUAUCUAUGGAGUUUAUAUAAGUUUGGGAAUGUCAGCUGCUGGCUGUAAGGCAGUUUUAAAUGAAAUUGGAGACAGCAUCAGCCAAAAGCAAGUUGUCGAAGAUUUCAUAGCCCUUGUUCGUGGAGGAGGGAGUGAGCAUAUCACGACACUUGCCUACAAAGAUCUGCCGACUGCUCAGCUAAUGCAGGAGUGGGGGGAUGCAGUACAGUACAACCCUGAAAUCAUAAAGCUAAAGGCAGAACCUCUGUCUGAACUGGUGACUGCAACAGACUUUGCAAAUGCAAAUACACUAAGGGAAAAUAUGAAGCGUGCCCUUGUGGAGUUUCAGCUGGAGACCAGUUCCUGUCAUUGUGCUCCAUGCCAUGGAAAUGGAAUUGCCUUUCUGAAAGAAACUCGCUGUGAAUGUAUAUGUCCUAUAGGAUAUCGCGGUACUGCCUGUGAGAUCACAGAAAGAAAAGAUGUUGCUAUAGAUGGAAACUGGGGUUGCUGGUCCAGCUCAUCUGCAUGCUCUGGAGGGCAAUGGACGAGAAGAAGACAGUGCAAUAAUCCUGCCCCACAAAAUGGUGGCAAGCCAUGCACAGGGCCAGACGUUGAAACUAAUAGAUGUUAA